AAUCGGGACAAUUCGAUUUCCUACCUAGGUACCUCUAGUCAUCAAUCAGCCUUUGCUUCACUUCCUCUCCAAUUGCUCGCCUUUACAGCAGCUGCGCUACGUCCUUGCGCAGUACAAUUCAUACUUGACAGCUCGUCAAAUUGCUCUGACAGCACGGCAUACGGGUGAUUCCCGCUCACCAUGGACCGUUGACCUAAGCCUGGGCCCCUCUCUUUUCGCCCCAUCUGCGAGCACUUUACGUACAACCUCAGCCUGACACCACAUCAUCAUGGGCCGUUGGCGUGGCCGUCUGUACGCGACUGAUCGAGCCAGAGACUUUGAUCAUGAGCGAGACCGCCAUGUUCGAGUCCGUCAGAUUUAUGAGACCAUCGAUCGACAAGGGUUUCAAUGGGUGGUAGUACUUGUUGCAGGCGUAGGAUUCCUGGUCGAUGGGUUCUCCCUGUUCGCCGGCAACAUUGCCCUGCCAAUGAUCGCCUAUGUCUACUGGCACGAUGAACCGUCGUCCUUUCGUCUGACGUGUAUCAACAUCGCUACGCUGGCAGGGACCUUGAUGGGUCAAGUCUCAUUUGGGUUCAUGGCCGACAAGAAUGGCCGAAAGAAGAUGUAUGGUGCUGAAUUGUUGCUACUGAUUGGGUCGACGCUCGGUGUGGUCAUGAGCUCGCGAGGUCAAGAUGGCAGCAUGAGCAUCUAUGCUUGGUUGAUCUGGUGGAGGAUUAUGGUGGGCAUCGGUGUUGGAGCAGAUUAUCCUCUGAGUGCGGUCAUCACUGCCGAAUUCGCUCCCACGAAACACCGCGCUCGGAUGAUGGCCGCAGUGUUCUUUAUGCAGCCGCUCGGACAGAUCGCCGGCAACGUCAUUUCGCUAAUUGUUGUCAGCAUUUCGAGGAGGGCUGGCAACGAAGACCUCACUAGGACGGUGGACCAAAUGUGGAGAUGGAUUAUUGGGAUCGGUGUCGUGCCCGCUGUGAUAGCCUUGUUGUUCCGAUUUGCCAUUCCAGAAACGCCGCGAUUCUUGCUCGACAUCGAUGACGACCCGGUCAAGGCUGAGUUUGACGCGACGCAGUUGUUUGGUGAAACUUCGCUGGGUAGCGAACUCGAAUCGAAUAUGUGGUGCGAUUCGCUAGAGGAGUCGAAUCUAUCGAGUCGAUCGCUCGAUGGGCGUUCCGAAGGCCGACCUUCCUGGAGCAUCGCAGCCGCGCCGUUGACCACGCUCAACUCGUCGUGGCGGCUCUCGAGAGACGACAUCAAGCAGUACUUUUGGACAGAGGGGAAUUGGAGGACAUUGGCCGCCACGUCCAUGUGCUGGAUGCUGCUGGAUUUCGGCUACUACGGGAUCGGUCUGUCGAGCCCGCAAUUCCUCGCGAAGACAUGGGGGACGCUGAACCUUUCCGGCCCCAGUCCGUCGUGGAUGACGAAUGACGAUCCGAACGCCAACAUCUAUGAUAUGUUCCUAAGGACAUCGGUGCAGGCCCUUGUGAUAUUGAACACGGGCAGUUUCGUCGGUGGACUGCUCUUCAUCACGUUCGCGAGUCACAUCAACCGCGUCAGUCUGCAGAAGUAUGGAUUUCUGGCGUUAGCGGCGCUUUUCAUUACGCUGGGCGCCGUGUUCAUCACGAUUCACCAGGAAGGACCGUUGGCUAUCACGCUGUAUGUCAUUGGGCAGAUGAUGUUCAAUUUCGGCCCGAAUUCAACCACAUACAUCAUUCCCGCCGAGCUGUUCCCUACCAGAUACAGAGCUACGUGCCACGGCAUCAGCGCUGCGUCUGGAAAGCUGGGGAGUAUUCUGGUCCAGGUCUUUUCGGCAUACUACAAAUUCGGAUCGACGUCGCCCGGCGACAACCAGACGAGGCGGUACGGGACGAUCCUGGUUAUUUUCAGCGCGGCGAUGAUUCUGGGUGCGCUCAUCACGCACUUCUUUAUCCCCGAGGUCCAGGAGAAGGCCAAACGGGGGAGUCUUUGGGCCGGGAAGAGCAAGAGUCUCGAGGAAUUGGCGCUGGGCAAAUGGGGGCCUAGAAGUCAGAGUGUGAUACGGAGUCAGCCGACGAGGAGUAUGGGCAUAUCGUAGUCUACACCCUGGAUGUCAUGAUUUUGUGUGAUUUUGUUACCUCAUGGUAUGGCAUGACGAUUUGGAGUCUUAUGAACCAAUGUGUAAUAUGAUGUGGCUUAUGGCUCUUCCAAGAUACUUCGGUUAGAGUGUAAUACUACCUGUGGAUAGAUGUGGA